AGUAUUUAUAGUUCAUGUGGGACAGACGAGGCUCGGGGACAGCGUCCCUCAGUGGGAGUGGUCUCCUGCAGGUCACGUGGUCCGAGCCUUUGUUGAUUCGCUUCAGUAGAAGAAGAAGAACAGCAGGACGAAAAAAAGAAAAAAGGAGCCAGUCCCGGUUCAACCGACCCACCAGAUCCUCAAACCGUGCCCGGCGCAGCCUCGCUCCUCCUCGGCCUGGAUGCUCCCUGAAGCCCGCUGGCCUUCUUCUCCUGGAUCUCUUUUGUCCGCCGCGGUCCGAGCUUCUCCCGGCGGUUGUAGCGCGAGGCGGCGGGGCUGGGGAUGCUCGGUCCGGGCUGUGAGCAGACUGGCUUUAGGGGGUGGUGGAGGUGUGCGUGUGCGUGAGUGGGGGGUUGGCGUGAAGCCCCGGGCCCUGCUUCGCUUUGUUAUCCCUCCUCCCGGAUCGCGUGUUUUCUACCCGGAGCUUCUCCUGCUCAACCGGCCGGAGGAGGCUCGUCGUGUCCGGAUGUGAAGGUCUCCAGCCUCGGUCUGAGGGACGGAUCCACGCAGUCUUUGUUUGUCGACCCCCCCCCCCCCCCGAGUCGCACAGACCUGAGCCUCUAGCUUUAUUUAAACCUCCAUCCGCCCCGGCUCCACCUCCCCCUCCGGCCUCCAUCAUGGCUGCGGUGUGCCGGGUCUCCUGGUCCUGGUCCUGCUGCCUGCUGGUCCUGCUGGUUCUCCCCACCGUUCGGAGUUCGUUCCCCCGCAGCGGAGCGGACUGCGGCCCCGGGAAGGCCGCCGACUGCCCAGAUCUGGCGGAGAAGAAGAGCGACCUGCGAGUGUGUGACGCCAUGACGUGUCGCUUUGGAGGAACGUGCCGAGAGAACGGAGCCGACAUCAAGUGUGUGUGUCAGUUCCACUGCCAUAAGAAGUACGUUCCCGUGUGCGGCUCCAACGGAGACACCUACCAGAACGAGUGCUUCCUGCGGCGAGCCGCCUGCAAGAAGCAGAGGGCCGUCGGCAUGGCGUCGGAGGGGCCCUGUUACCACGACGGAGCAUCAGGAUCCGGUGACGGAGAUGAUGACGGUUCUGGUCGAGGGAAGAAGGUCUCCAAAUGUGGAAACUGCAAGUUUGGAGCUGAAUGUGAUGAAGACUCUGAGGAUACGGGCUGUAUGUGUAACAUUGUGUGUAACGGCCACAACGACAACCCGGUGUGCGGCGUAGACGGCGAGACGUACAACACGCCGUGUCACGUCAGAGAGGCGUCAUGCCACAAGCAGCUGAAGAUAGACAUCAAACACGUGGGCCGUUGCCAAGAUAAAAGUAGGAAGGAUGACAGCAUGAAGACCAAACCAGACGUCUAUGGUGAGGGGGAGGAGUUUGUGGACAGCCCCGCCCCAUGUCCCGAAGACUACGCCCAGUUCUGUGAACACGGCCAAUGUGAGAUGAGGCACAACCUUCCCACCUGCAGGUGUGAGGCGGCCUACGGGGGCCCUCAGUGCGAUCAGCUCCUGGACUUCAACAUCCUCUACGUGGUCCCCAGUGGUCAGAAGCUGCACUACGUCCUCAUCGCCGCCAUCAUCGGAGCGGUUCAGAUCGCAGUCAUCGUAGCCGUGGUCAUGUGCUUCACCAGGCGGUGCAACAAGACGAAGCGCGGUCGGAGGCAGAAGCAGCACCUCGGUCACUUCCCUUCAGGAACGUCCUCCAGGAUGAUGUAGCUGCUCCACCCGCUCCACCUUUUUAUGAAACACGAGGGAACGUUUUCCUUCCACAGACAGACGCAUUUUUGAUAUCUCGACUUUUUGGUGCCUCUUUUCUCCCCUCCCUUCAUCAAGAAUAGUUUGGAAUUCCUUAAGGGGCCUUAUUUUUUAUAUUUUGCUCCAUUUUUGGGUUGUUUUUGUUUACCGCCUGGUUGGUGUUGCCGUGGCGAUUCCAUCCUCUGGGACUCACUGUGGAUCCUCCGUAUUUAUCUGAUCGUAUUUUUUUCUGACCCCGUGGGACGCACCGACAUGCUCCUGCUUUGUUGGAGCUUUAUUUUGAAGGAACCCUGUUUAUGUGGAAGUUGUAACUAUUGAAUAUUUACUGUCAUAUUUUACUUUGAAAACUAUAGAACGGAAGCGUUGCAAUUUUCAAAAGUUUGACUUCAGGUAUCUUUAAGAAUGAAAAGAUUAAUUCAAUCUUUUUGUGACUAAAAGUUAAAGUUUGAGGGUUUGAAAACAAUUUUAAGAUGUUUUUUGAGCCAAAAAACACUUGUGAUUUUUAAAAUGAAAUUAGAAAUAUAAAUCAAUUUAAUCCAAUGACAGUUUGCUUCCAUAGUUGAAGCUUUUCUUUCUUCUGUUUACUUUGUGUAAGAAAAGCCUUUGUGCUCCAGAGGGCGCUCUGCCCCCUCCACAGCUGCCCCCCCCCCCCCCCACACACACACACAGCUGCCCCCCCCCACAGGGUCACAAUCCUCUUGUCAUGUAAAAUCAGAUCUACUUUAUUUCUUGUUUUUGUAUUUUGUUACAAAGAAAACCAAAAUGCUGUUUUUUCUACUGUCUAAAGGGUAAAAGGUCGAUGUUAUUUUACUCCAAAUGGACCACGGUUCUGACCAUGAUUUUAACUGUUUCUGUUUAGUCGACUUUGUUCCUUUUUAAGUCCGGUUUGUGACGAUGGUACGAGUGUCCAUCUUUGUGGUAGAAGGAGUAGACUCUGUGGGCCGGAGUGAGGGAACCGGGGAACCCCCCCCCUGAGGGACCCCCCCGGCUCCACCGUAGAUGUUGCAUGAACCCGUGAACUCGUUGUUUCGUGCUGUAGUGGAACCAGAAUUAAAUGAUGAUGUUUGAA